AUGAGUGUCACUACAACAACUUCAUCACCAUCAUUUGUUCGAACAAUAUGGGUGCAGAAAGACGGACGUAAUGAAAUGCGUUUUACGAUUCAACCUUAUAUGAAAAUAAUCGAUGAUUUAACAGAAGCAUUAUUUGGCGAUAAUCGCGAUUUGUACCAGGCUGUAUUUCGUGGACAAAUUCUUUCACCACGUGCUAUAAUACCUGAUGAUAUUGCUGAUGAAGAUUUACUUGAACUGAAGCUCUACAAAACUGGUCGUCAGAUACCAACAGACGACGACGAUGAUAAUGAGGAUCGUAAUAUUGGUAUGAAUAUUCCAAUGGGACAGAUUGAAUCAGAAAGAACCAAAAUGAUGAAUAUCAACAAACAAAUAGCAUCAAAGUUGAAUAAAUGGUUAGACAAAACCAAAAAUAAUUGUAUGUAUAGAAGACUUUAA